CUACGAAUUUUCAUCCACAAUGACAUAUUAAAAUACGGACUAUCCAGCUGUGAAUUUACGAAAAUUGCGUCUUAUUUUAUAAAAAAUUAAAUUAAAUCAAUCAGCGACGUGUUAAAGUUUGCUUGAUUUACAAGAAGAAGCACUCAGAAGAGCUAAAAUGGCCUACGCUUACUUGUUUAAAUACAUCAUCAUUGGCGACACAGGUGUUGGCAAGUCCUGCCUAUUGCUGCAAUUCACAGACAAGAGAUUCCAGCCAGUCCAUGAUUUGACUAUUGGUGUUGAAUUUGGUGCUCGCAUGAUCACGAUAGAUGGCAAGCAAAUUAAGCUGCAAAUAUGGGAUACAGCUGGCCAAGAAGCUUUCAGAUCUAUCACUAGAUCAUACUACCGAGGUGCAGCUGGUGCGCUGCUAGUGUAUGAUAUUACACGAAGGGACACUUUUAACCAUCUCACUACCUGGCUCGAAGAUGCACGUCAACAUUCCAACUCCAAUAUGGUGAUCAUGCUUAUUGGGAACAAAAGUGACCUUGAGUCGCGACGCGAAGUCAAGAAGGAAGAGGGCGAAGCGUUCGCCCGUGAACAUGGGCUUGUGUUCAUGGAAACAUCCGCCAAAACUGCUGCCAAUGUGGAGGAGGCCUUUAUCAACACGGCCAAAGAGAUUUAUGAGAAGAUACAGGAAGGUGUCUUUGAUAUCAACAAUGAGGCCAACGGCAUCAAGAUAGGCCCUCAGCACUCGACGGCUGGAGGCGCGGGGGCGGGAGGCGCGGGCGCGGGCGGUGCGGCCGGCGGCGGCUGCUGUUAGGUGCUGCGCUGCACACACUGAGAGGGCUCACGAGGAAAGGUGCAGCUGUGUGCAACGAAACUGGAUAUGGAACUUACUGCAUGUCGGAUUAUACAAUAUUAUUUUAUAUGCUACAAUAGGUUGCGUCUCUACUGUACCUAGUGCAGGCUCUGGUAAGCCUAUAUCUAGUAUUUUAUGUAAAAAAUAUUCUACAGGUAUUAUUAUAAAUACCUAUUAAGAAGUAGAGAUAUCUGUUUGUAUGUACAAUAAUUUAUUAACCUUCUGGUGAUAUGUUAUUGUAUAUAGGAUAUGGAAAUUAAAUGACAAGCAGUUUACUGCUUAUUAUAAUGGUUUUGUAGAAUACUGAUAGCAUAGGAGUGUUUCCAGCAGAAUAAAAUACCAUAAAAUGAUGUUCUUAAUAAAGUACAGGACACAUAUGACUAAUGGUACAUAUUUUGAGUAAGGAAUUUUCUAAUCUCCAUCUGAUGAGCUUCUUUGCCUAUGAUCUCUAGUAUUAUUAUGGUUAUAUCUACCAAGUGAUGUUCCUUGCUAUUAUUUGGGUCAAUAUACUCGUAUUUUCAAUAGGGAUUUUCCACAAUCUAUAAUCUACUAAAAAAAACUCGUCUUUUCAUUGUCCGGUUUUAAUAUAAAACGCAAAGUAUUUACGAGCGCUUAAAUAUAAAUUCGUGUGUGAUAAUGUCAUAAGAUAGGAAACAUAUGUGCUUUUCACACACUGGCUCAAAAUUGAAUAAUAUGUAUUUAGUGGGAAUUUCCAAAGCGAAACAUCUGAAUAUUUAAUAUACUGAUGGCCAUUAUGAUAAGCAGGUUGAUUUCUAAUAAUUAUUUUACAACUAUAACAAAAAAAUAGUACCUAUCCUUAUUUGUUAAGUGUGGCAGUAAAGUUAACUUCUCAAAUCUUCAAUCAUUAGACAUAAGAAAACCAUUCAUAUUCUUACUAUUAUAACUACUAAGGAGGCAACUUGCGAAUGGACCAGGUGGACAUUGUAUUGUAGUCUGUAUAUGUUUGAUGUUUCAUUAAAAGCUUUUAUGUAUAUUGAAAUACUUUCAUGAUAUUCAUUUUGUGCAAUGACGCAUUUAUAUAAAGCAAGAAUGUACAACUUGAUAAAUUUAUAAUUCGUCUAAACUUCCUUUUUUAAAAUGCAUCUGAAUAUUUGAUUCAGAGUUGAUAGCUGUUCUUAUAAGAUUUUUAUUACUUUAAAUACUUUACAGAGUCAAAUGGAGGAUAUCAACUUAUUUGUUUGGACACAGAGAAAUAUUUAUUUAAAAUCUGUACAAAUAAGUUUCUAACACUUCUUAGCAAAUUUUAUUUUAGAUAUACUUUAUUUUCAAGUUAGGUUUUAUUUUUAAAAGCAAUAUUGAUAAUUGAUUUAAUAUUACCCAAGAACAAGUUUUACAAUAUCAAAGACUUAGAAUAUCUCAAUUCUAAAUGUUGAAAUAAUGACUUUUGAUUUAAAAAAAAACAAUUAUUGCACAAUAAAUUGUUGUUAAUGUCAAUAUCUUGUUAGGACUAACAUUGUAUUAAAUAAAAGGACUGCUUGCAUAGUAAUUGAAGACAUGAAAAUUAUGUUAUUUUUAAGUUUUAGCACAUUAUGAUGUAGUAAUAUUUUAUAAGGUUACGAUGUGCAACAUAUUUGUAAAGCAUAAUUCAUGAAAUAAAUGUUAAAAUGUA